AUGGUGAAAUCCCCCCAGAACUCAGCCACUUGCGAAGCCUGCAAAAACUAUCGCUGCUUAAUAAUUCAAUUUAUGGUGAAAUUCCCACCAAUAUCUAGUUGCCCUAACCUUGUUGGCCUUGAAUUCUCUGGUAAUAGGCUGACAAGGGAAAUUCCUGUGGAGCUGGGUUCUUUGAGUAAGCUCGAGGGGCUGUAUAUCGGAAAAAACAAUCUAGCCGGAGGUUUGCCUUCUACUCUUGGGAAUCUAUCUUCUCUUGAAAUUAUUUAUGCAAAUGUUAACAAGAUUGGCGUUCCUCAUAACCAAAUUGAAGGCAGCAUUCCCUCAAACCUAGGAAUCAAUCUUCCUAAUCUCCGACGCUUUGUUAUCAGUAAUAACAUGUUUACUGGUUCAAUUCCUAUAACUUUAUCCAAUGCCACCAAACUAGACUACCUUGGCUUGGCGGCAAAUGGAUUCAAAGGAAAAGUCCCUUCUUUGGAAAAGCUGAAAAAACUUGAGGUGUUAAUAUUACAAAUGAAUCAUCUAGGAACAGGGGAAGUGGAUGACUUGAGUUUCUUGAACACUUUGACCAAUGCCCCUAGAUUCUCUACCGUGUCUCUCGCCUUCAACAGCUUUGGAAGCAUGUUGCCCGAAUCAAUCAGCAAUUUGUCCACUGAAUUAUAUUCCUUUAGCUUGGGUUUUAAUAAUUCUCUUGCCAUGUCCGUCAACCAGCUAAGUGGUAACAUUCCUUUUGAUAUCGGAAAGCUUCAAAAGCUAAAGAACUAUAACAAUUUGAGUGGUUCCAUUCCACGGGAAAUUGGACUUCUUAGAAAUCUUGAAGUACUGGAUGUUUCUAAGAACAUGUUGGUUGGCAAUAUUCCAAGUUCUUUGGGUUGUUGUGUAAUGUUGUUUUCAUUAAACAUGGAGGGAAACAAAUUGUGGCGAAUCCUUCCUUCAAGUUUAGCUACUUUGAGAGGUAUGGAGGAGUUAGAUCUUUCUCACAACAACUUGUCAGGAAAAAUCCCAGACUACCUGGACGGCUUUGUCUUUCUAAAGAAACUGAACCUGUUAUUCAAUGAUUUUGAGGGGGCAGUACCAAAAAGAAGUGUAUUCAAGAAUGCAUCAGCCUUUUAUGUUGAAGGUGAUACGCACACAAGAUUGUUAGAUCUUGGGUGCUCAAAUCCUCCAAUUUGCAAUUACACUGAUGUCCAACCACUCGAGUCUAUAGAAGUGGCGCCGCCAUGGUUGGACCUUGCGACAACGUCUUAUAUGAUGAUCAACCAGUUCAGCAAGCUAGACCUUCAGUUCUGCAACAAUGUUAUCGAUUACUAG